GCAGCUUCCAGUAGAGUUCUGAGCGUUCGAUUGAGAACGCAUUCCGCAUCGGACAAUCACAGGUUUCGUUUGGGUUUCGAUCAGUUCUCAGAAAUGAUAAGCAGAUGCUUUGUUGCUGUCUGUGGCAUUGCCCUCGUGUUCGGUGUACAGGCCGCUGGAGCAGCCUAUGCCGAUGAGUGCACCACACCCAAUGGGGAGUCGGGCCAGUGCAUGCCAUUCUCCUCCUGCAAGGACAUUGAGCAACGACUGACGGAGAGCCAGACGGCGGGACAGAGUGUGCCAGCCGAUUAUGCCAGCUACUUGCAGAAGGCUUCCUGCGGCGAGAUCAAUGGUGUGCGUCACUUUUGCUGUCCUGCUGCCCAGAUUCAGCACAACUCCAAGGUGAUGGCUCUGUUCAAGGACGAGAGCUUCGACUGUGGCAACUUUCUGAGCCAGCGCGUGGCCAAUGGCUAUGAGGUGAAGCUGUCGUCCCGGCCCUGGAUGGCCCUGCUGCGUUACCAACAAUUUGGGGAGGCGCGUUUCCUCUGCGGCGGCGCCCUCAUCUCAGAACGCUACAUCCUGACUGCUGCCCAUUGUGUGCAUGGCCUCCAGGAUGACCUGGAUGCGAUACGGCUGGGCGAGCAUCGGAUCUCAACGCAGGAGGACUGCAGGCAGCAGGGACGCAAGAAGAAGUGUGCUCCGCCCGUUGUGGAUGUGGGCAUUGAGAAGUACAUCAUCCACGAGCACUACGAUGCCCGUCACAUCAUGCACGACAUUGCCCUGCUGCGCUUAAAGGAAAGCGUUCCCGUUCAGAAGCACAUCAAGCCCAUCUGCCUGCCCAUUACAGAUGAGCUGAAGCAGCAGGCGGAGCAGAUCAGCACGUACUUUGUGACCGGCUGGGGCACCACGGAGAACGGCUCCUCCUCCGACGUCCUGCUGCAGGCGAAUGUGCCCCUCCAGCCACGCUCGGCCUGCUCGCAGGCCUACCGACGUCCGGUGCCCCUCACCCAGCUGUGCGUCGGCGGCGGUGAUCUGCAGGAUUCCUGCAAAGGUGACUCCGGCGGCCCACUGCAGGCGCCCUCCCGCUAUCUGGGAGAGUUUGCACCGCGCAUGGUGGAGUUUGGUAUCGUCAGCCAGGGUGUCGUCUCCUGCGGCCAAGUGAGUCUGCCCGGCCUCUACACGAAUGUCGGCGAGUAUGUCCAAUGGAUAACAGACACCAUGGCAAGCCACGGCCUGUAAGACAGAGCGAGAAAUGAUCUACAUCCAAUAUUAGUAGGUACUUAAGUAAUUAGGAAACAAAAAUAAAUACAUUAAACGCGUAUAUUCAUAUUAGUAAAC